AAAAACUGUCAAUAAAAAAUUGCGUUUAGUAGUUUGUUGUAUUUUUGUUGUUUAGUGUUCUUUUCUAAAGAUAUUUCAGAAAUCAUUUAUUUUAUGGUUUCGUACAAUAAAAAUAAUUUUAAUAGUAAUUAAGUGUUAUAUGUAAGUUCACAAUGUUAAAUAUCCAAAAUUACGGCAGCAGUUCCGAGGAAGAAGAUGAAAAUGACACAGAAUCUAUUGCCAAACAUAGCAAUGAGGGUUUGUUGACUCACCUCAAACCAGUUGAUCCAAGCCUGUCCGUUGCUAAAACCAUGCAAAUUUGUGCUGCGCCAGUAGUAAUGCCCACCAACAAUGACGACACAAGAGUACUCAUAAGAAAUAAUCAGGAACUAAUGCACAAUCCAAAAUAUGAGGAAUUAUUUGCGCCUGAAUAUGGACCAGAGAAUCCAUUCCAAACACAACAAAUGAAAGCAAACAGAAAUAUGCUCUCUGGUUAUGUAGAAAAGGCUCAUAUUAGUGACUUUCAAUUCGAGAAUCAAAGAAGGACAUUCACAAGUUAUGGUUAUGCUGUAGAUCCAUCUACAGAUGUUGCUAGUAGUACUGCAGAUAGUAUAGUGAAAUCAGCUAUGGUAGCAGCACCUGAAGAAUCAGAGGGCAAAACAGUUUUCGAGACAAUAAAAAAAAGGCCUUUGGAUAAGAAAAAAAGGAAUAAAAAUGACAACCCUGAAGAUAUAGAAGGCUUUUUAGGCCCAUGGGGUGGAUAUAUUGGUGAAAAGAGGGUAAUGAAACCAGAAGGAGAUGAAGCUAAAGAACUGGAAGAGAUAUUAGCUAAGAGACAGAAGAAAGGAAAAGUUGACGAUGACAAGCCUUUGGAAGAAAAAACAGUAUUCCAUUUGGACAAGAGUACAGACUACCAGGGCCGCUCGUGGAUAGAGGCGCCGCGUAGUGAAACACAACUGCGCAGUGACACACCACCUGACAAAUGCUUCUUACCCAAGGCUCACAUCCACACAUGGAAGGGACACACAAAAGGUAUCGCGGCCGUGCGAUGGUUCCCCGGGACGGCGCAUCUUAUGCUUUCGGCCGGCAUGGACUGCAGGGUGAAGAUCUGGGAAGUGUACGGCUCGCGAGCUUGCGUCCGCACGUACUUCGGGCACCGGCAGGCCGUUAGAGAUGUCAACUUCAACAAUAGCGGCACGCAGUUCCUCUCCGCUGCGUACGACCGCUACAUCAAGGUGUGGGACACGGAGAGCGGCGCGUGCGUGGGUCGCUUCACGUCACGCAAGGUGCCGUACUGCGCCAAGUUCCACCCCGACACGGACAAGCAGCACCUGUUCGUCGCCGGCACCUCCGACAAGAAGAUCAUAUGCUGGGACACCCGGAGCGGUGAGAUAGUGCAGGAGUACGACCGGCACCUGGGCGCCGUCAACACCAUCACCUUCGUGGACGACAACAGGAGAUUCGUCACCACCUCCGACGACAAGAGCCUCAGGGUCUGGGAGUGGGACAUACCGGUGGAUAUGAAGUACAUAGCGGACCCGUCGAUGCACUCGCUUCCCGCCGUUACUGUCUCACCCAACGGCAAGUGGCUGGCGUGCCAGUCCAUGGACAAUAAAGUGAUAGUGUUUAGUGCACUAAACAGAUUCAAGAUGAACAGGAAGAAGACGUUCACCGGCCACAUGGUGGCUGGGUACGCGUGCUCGGUCGACUACUCGCCUGAUAUGAGCUAUCUUGUAUCUGGCGAUGCAGACGGAAAAUGCUAUAUCUGGGACUGGAAAACAACGAAACUGUACAAAAAAUGGAAAGCCCACGACGGUGUAUGCAUCUCAGCCUUGUGGCACCCACACGAGCCCAGCAAACUGCUCACAGCGGGCUGGGAUGGCGUAAUCAAGUACUGGGACUAAAUAAAAGAAUUAAAUCAA